CAAAUAUAUUCAUAAGGCUUGAAUUCAAAUUAAAAGACACAAUGAAUUCAAUUUAUUUUGAGUCACACAUAUGACUUUAGUGUCUAUCACCUAUGAUGAUUAAGAGGAGAGACUUGUCAUAACAACAGUCCUAUAAACAAACAAAAUAAAAUGGUAAAGAUAUGCUAAAAUCCAUACUCCGUAUAUGUUAAGUAAUAUAUAUGGUAUUCUUGGUGAUAUUUAUAUUACUUGUAUAUUUGAACUCACAAAUAGAUGAAUUUAUGCUCCAAGUACCAUAUUUAAUAGUAAAUGCACAAAACGAUUACCUAAAAUAAACGAGCAAGCUUGUGAGCCGAGGAUAUACAAAAAUCCGGUGUAACUGGCAAAAAUCCGGUGUAACAUUCAUAUUUUCUCACUUUCCUUUUUUGGACGUAACAUAUAUAUCUUUCCAUUUCUAAAUCUUUCUAUCAUACCCUCAAUAAUUUAAAAAAUAAUACACUACUACACCUACAUUUUUUUAAUUUAUCCUUCAUUCUAUCACAUUAUUUCACUAUCUUCCCAUCAUACUCUCAAUAAUUCAUACUCAAUUUCACUAUUCUUAAUCUCACUCACUUUGGAAGUGGUAAGAUAUAUAUGAUACGGAGGGAGUAGUAUUUUGGUACCAAAAAGAAUUAAAAAAGGAAAUACAUACAAGAUCUCAAUUUACGUAUAAAAAUGGACUUAGUUAAGGGAGGGACCAUUUUGGUUACAAGAAAAAAGAGAUAUUGGACCAAGUAAUUUCCCCUACCUACUUUAAAGGCAUCUUUCUAUCCUGUCCAUAAUUUAUUCGCCGUCCUCUUUAUAUAUAAGCAUCUCGAUUUCUAGGCACAGUUCAGCUCACAAAGUGGUCCGAGCCAAAACCCAAAGAUGGGCGGCGCCGCCGGGCUAAAAGUGAUGUCAAGCUGCAGAGUAUUGGAACUGGGAGUAAUAAUGGGUACCCAAUUUCUCCUUCUUCUGUUACUGCAAGGCCAAGGAGCAAGAGGUUUGACGGCGGGGCAAAACAGUAAUAAUGUCAGCAAUGGCGGCGGCGCCGGCGAGAAGUGUAACUUAUUCAGAGGGAAAUGGGCGGUGGAUUCCUCGUAUCCUCUGUAUAAGCCCGCCAGCUGCCCGUUUCUCGACCCUGAAUUUGACUGCAUCAAAUUUGGCCGCCCGGAUAGGCUCUACCUCAGCUAUGCCUGGCAGCCCGACUCUUGUGCCUUGCCCAGGUUUGAUGGAUUGGAGCUUUUGAAGAGAUGGAAUGGGAAGAAGAUAAUGUUUGUGGGCGACUCACUGAGUUUGAACAUGUGGAACUCGCUGGCCUGCAUGAUUCAUGCGUCGGUGCCAAAUGCAAAGACGAGCUUUUCAAGACAGGAAACCCUCUCCUUUGUGUCCUUCAACUUUAAGGGGUAUGGAGUAACUUUGUACCUUUACCACACAACAUACUUGGUGGAUAUAGUAAAGGAAAACAUAGGAAGGGUAUUGAAAUUGGAUUCUAUACAGCAAGGCCAGGCAUGGUUAGGAAUGGAUGUGUUGAUCUUCAACUCCUGGCAUUGGUGGACUCAUAAAGGAAGAUCUCAACCAUGGGAUUAUGUACAAGAUGGGUCAAAGGUGUACAAAGAUAUGGAUCGGCUGGUGGCAUUCUACAAGGGCUUAUCAACUUGGGCCAGAUGGGUGGACCUCAAUGUCAAUCCUUCUAAGACUCAAGUCUACUUCCAAGGAAUAUCUCCCACUCAUUACAUGGGAAACGAGUGGAAGUCGUCGUCAACCAAAAACUGCAACGGAGAGCAAUUGCCGCUAGAAGUAUCAAAAUAUCCAGCAGGGACACCGCAAGCCGCGGUGGUUGUUAAUAAAGUGCUAAGCAGGAUAAAGAAGCCGGUUCGUCUGCUGGAUAUCACAUUUCUGUCUCAGCUAAGAAAAGAUGCACACCCGUCUAUGUACAGCGGCGGGGGCAGCCGUUCGGGUGUGGAUUGCAGCCAUUGGUGCCUCCCCGGACUCCCUGAUACCUGGAACCACCUGCUUUAUGCUUCUCUGUUUGUGUGAGGAUAUAUAUAUAUAUAUGAUGAUCAUUACUGCCUCAGCUUGUGCAUAUAAUACACAUAUCAUCAUCUUGUGCUUAUUUUUUAUUUGUUCCUCGUACAUUACACGGUUGCAGCAGUGCGCCGUCAUUCUUUCUGUGAGAACAAAUAAACUGUUCAAGUCAUUGUUUCAUCACUUGUUGUAAAAAUGGAAGAAGUGGUUGAUUAAAAAAUUGGAGCACAAACAAUUCUGGGUUGUGAACGAAUUAAUAGGGGUACUUCUGAUUUGAAUGUAAUUACGACCCUAUAAUAACUUCGUAAAAAGUUCCUCAUAUUUGGAUGUUUGUAAUUGGAUUGAUUUCAAUCAAACUAAAUUAAAC